UGACAAUUCCUGGAAAAAAAAGAAACAGGAUUCAUGCAGAAACUGAUAAGAGAGCAGCAGGAAGUAAUGCCAGUCAUCCAGGAAGCAGAAUUUCCUUGUAGGGCUGAGAGGUUCAACAAAGUCAUUUGCAUGCGCUACCAUUUCUCGGACCUGUUUACAGAAGUGAGGAGAGCUGAAUAAGAAAUACUGCGCUGGAAGAAUUUCAUCUCUGUCUGCUGCAGCGUUACACAGGCUGAGCUCUUGCUACCUCAGACGAUGUAAAACCAAUGAAGUCACAUUGUGGUUCCCACCACUGCAGGGUUUUUUUUCAAUGGCGUCUGAAGAAGCUGUGGCAAAGAGGGCCAAUCUGGUGGCAUCCAGGGCUCAUUGGAGCCAUAAGAACGUAUCUGAAUCCUCUCAAGAGACUCAAGGAAGUCCAAACAAGGACAGUAUCAGGAAAUGGCUCUCCACCACUGUCACUGAGGAAGAUGCAAAGCAAGAGACACCGGGGAAAGCUUCAGAGCUCGUGAGGAGGAACACCAGCUGUGACGAUGACCUGGCCCUGGGUGUAGAAGCGUCUUUAUAUGGUAACCAGGGGGUGAGGACGGUGCAGGAAUUUCUUCGGUGGACCAGGUCGAGUCCCGCUAUCAGCAGGUGGAACAGUUUUAACUCAACACUUUCAGAUUACUCCGGACCACUGAGUGUGAUGGACAUACUCAACCUGUGGAAUGACGACCCAGAGGAGGUUCUCUUGGACCUGGGCUUUGGCUGUGAUGAACCUGACCUCUCCGGACGCAUCCCAGCUCGAUUCAUUAAUUAUCAGUCUCAGGCAAGAGGAAUAAACCUCCAGGUGUUUCUGGAGGCCCAGAAGAAUCGACUGGACUUGGAAAAUCCAGAUGUCAGCAAUCGCUUUAGACAGCUCGAGGUUCUCCAGCAGGUAACCACAGCCUUCUCAUCUUUGGUGGGGUCCUCCUCUUCUCUGAGAGCAUCACAGGAAAAAGACCUGCCUCCUGAGGCCCGGGAGAGAAGGAGGCGCAUGGGCCUAAUAUUUAGACAAGCAUCAAAGAAGACACUCAGUCAUAUCAAGAACAAAAAAACCCAGGACCUUACCACCUCACAUGUUACCUCUCCUCUUGCAGCACCUGAGUCACAUUAUCCUCCAUCAAGUCUGGGGGACAACAGGAUCCCCUUAAAAAGAGUGAAAACUGGAUUUCUAGAGACAAUGAGUCCUCUUGCAGAGGAGCAAGGGACUGGUCCAGAUGCUCAGUCCCACCCUCAAGUGGCUGCUUUGAUAGCUCAAGAUGGAGCCUUUAGGUCCCUGAAGGAAGGUCGCCCCUUGACAGGAAAUCCUUUUUUACAGAGGAAGAAGAGCCCAGGUCAGGUCAGGGAAUCGUUUGAAAUGGAAGAGAUCCAUAGUUUUGAUGAAAGUAUUACAGGGCUCUUCACUGGAGGAGCAGAACAUUUAGUGCGAUGUGUUGUACGUACCAACAGCUGCCAGUCAGACAGCAGUGGUUUCUUGGAGGAGCCUUUCAUCCCCUCUCAAUCUCUGCAGGAGUCUCCAGCACCUGAUCUCAUCAAGGCUCUGUCGUGCCUUUCAGGAGGAAGCACUGACAGCAGCAGCGAGAGGCCACGCACUCCUUCUCCUUCUUCCCCUCAAUCCUCCCCAACCUCCCUGCUACCUUCAUCUCUGACAUCUUUUUCACCAGAGCAAUCAGUCAUCUCUGGCCCUUCCCAGUCUCCUGCCUUGUUGUGUGACCCUAAAUCUGACCUGGACAAUUCAGACACUAUGACACCACCAGAUCAGACUCAGUGUCCACCUGCUUCGUUGGCUGCGUCAGAGUAUGAAUACCUUUCCCCUUGUUUUUCCUCACCAGAGUUACAGGAUACAAAUGACCAAUCUAAAACUCCUCCCCCUGCCUCUUUCACACCAGUCUCCUCUAGCUCUUCUCCCAUGAAGGCUGAUUCAAUAGUUAGUGAAUCAGAGGAGGUUAAAAUGGAGGAAAAAGAUAGUCCAUCCCCCAGCCUCUCUAUUCUUUCUCAUGACUCUGAUCCCACAGCAUGCUCUAGUGUUACACCUCCUGUCUCUUCUUACUCUCCAAAUUUAGAUUUUGUGAUUAAUUCCAUAAAUUCCUCCUCUGGGGGUCCAGGUGACACACAGUCCAGACAGACUGAGGAGUAUUUUCAUCAAAACUCUCUCUCUGCUACUGAUGGCUCGUCAUCCCAGCUUCCCUCUGACCCUUUUCUACCUUCCUCUGCUCCCUCUGAGAUUCACUGGGCAUCCUCUGAAGCGUCCUCCUCACAGAGUCCAGAAAACAAUCAAAAUGACACUCUUCUCCGAGACUCCGGGGAAAAAGGACCCUGUGAUCCACCUAGUUGUACACAAACAAAAGAAGAGGAAGCACCCUCUUGUCACAUCUUUCAGUCGGACCAGGACAGACCUUUAUAUCCACCCGAUCUCUUUCUGGACUCCUCUAGGUUUGAGGAGUUCAACCAGCAGCCAAGCCUUACUCCUGACCCAUCCGUUACAAUUUGUGAGUCUACCUUGUCAUCAAAACCACACUUUAAGGAGAGUCUUGUAGAUCCAACUUUGGAGGAAUGGCCGAAUUUACAGAGCAGACCAUCUCCAAACAAGAAGGACAACAUUGUUUUGAUGACGACGGGGACAUUGCUGUGGCUUGUCCUGCCCAAGAUGUUAUUCCUUCAAAGAUGGAUUACCUCUCGUUGGAUUUAGAGGAUACCCUUCUGAGGAA